CACACACUUACAAGUCCCUUGUAUUACUUUCUACCUUACACUUCUUUCUUCUUAUUAAAGCACCACAACUUCUCUUGCUUUAACUCUCUUUCUAUCUUUCUCUUCUUAAUUUGUGUAUCCUCUGUCUUCCUCUUUUUUCAAAUGGCUCAGGCUCAGAAGGUGGUGUUGAAGGUCAUGACCAUGACUGAUGACAGAACAAAGCAGAAAGCUAUGGAAGCUGCAGCUGAUAUUUUUGGGGUUGAUUCAAUAGCAGCAGAUAUUAAGGAUCAGAAGCUAACAGUAAUAGGAGUGAUGGAUACAGUGGCAGUAGUGAAGAAGUUGAAGAAAGUAGGGAAAGUGGACAUAAUAUCAGUUGGGCCAGCCAAGGAAGAAAAGAAAGAAGAAAAGAAAGAGGAAAAGAAGGAAGAAAAGAAAGAGGAAAAACCAGCGGAAAAGAAAGAGGAGAAAAAGGAAGAGAAAAAGUAAUCUCAAUUAUCAUCUUAAAAACCUCUCCUCUCUUACUCUAAUGCAUUGAUAUAGUAAUUAGUACAUCAAACUUCAAAGCCAGCAAGCAAGCAAUAUGAGGGUUUAUUUUCUUUACUAAUGUAAUUAAAAAGAAUGUGGAAAUAGAGUAAUAUAUUGUUACCUUUUUCAAAAGGGUAUAUAUGAAAACAAGAAUUUUGUAAGGUAAUAAGAAAAUGAGAAUAUUUUUGCUGCCAA